CUGCUUUAAAUUGAUGUUUUUCAUGGGUUCAACAAACAAGAAGAACAAACAUAUGCCAUGUUCAGCAUGUAAGUUUCUUCGUAGACGCUGCACUCAGGAUUGCAUUUUCUUGCCUCACUUUCCUACUGCUGAACCACAAAAAUUUAUUGCUGUUCAUCGCAUUUUUGGUGCUAGCAAUAUCAGCAAAAUUUUACAACAGGAGAUACCAGUGGAUAAUAGAGAAGAUGCAGUGAUUAGCAUGGUUUAUGAAGCUACAGCAAGACUCAGAGAUCCAGUUUAUGGCUGUGUGGGCAUCAUUUCUGCCGUCCAGAAACAUGUCUUUCACUUACAAUCCGAGUUAAACGAAGCUUUAGCUGAAGCAAUGUUUCUCAGAACCCAGUUAUCCGAUGCUUUAUCCUUACCCUCUCUGAUUGAAGGUUCUCCAUUCACCCCCGAGAACCAUGAGUUUCUCCAUUUCCAGAAGCCGAGUGAGCAAAAUGCAUAUGCUAAUGCCUCGGACGCCUUGCUUCUACUUCCAGAAGCUGCAGAUCACUACUGUCUCCAAGGAACUGAAGUUCUUCCACUGCCUUACUUGGACAUAUAGUUUUCUUGUAU